CACAAUGCCCAGCCUUUAUUGCCUCUCUCUCUGCCUUGGCAGGACCACCAAGACCCCUUCAUGGUGGCCGACCUGGGAGUGUUGGCCAGCCGCCACCAGGCCUUCUGCCAGGCCCUGCCAAGGGUCUCGCCCUUCUAUGCGGUGAAGUGUAACAGCAGCCCCUUGGUGCUGCGUGUCCUGGCUGCCCUGGGCACCGGCUUUGACUGUGCCAGCCAGAUGGAGCUGGAGCAGGUGCUGGGGCUGGGCGUCGCCCCCUCACGCAUCAUCUAUGCCCACCCCUGCAAGCCCGUCUCCCACCUGCAGUAUGCUGCCCGCCAUGGGGUGCAGCUCCUGACCUUCGACAGUGAGGAGGAGCUGACCAAGGUGGCCCAGCACCACCCUGGGGCCAGGCUGGUCCUCCGACUGUGGACCGAGGACAGCCAGAGCCUAUUCCCUCUGAGCGCCAAGUUUGGGGCCAGGCUGGAGCUGUGUGGACACUUGCUCAAGUCCGCCCGAGACCUAGGCCUGGCUGUGGUGGGCGCCAGGGGACUGGCUGGUGUGAGUGACUGCCAGUGUCCUUGCUGGUGCCGGGGGUGCUCUGCUGGACGAGGGCAUGGGCUGGGAGGGGGGGGUUGGGGCAGGAGCUCUUCCUUCUCUGAUUCCCACCCUGUGUCCCUGCAGGAGCUCUGCUCAAAGCCGCCCCUCUUCCCCUGCAUCCUUUAUGGCCCCACUUGCGAUGCCUUUGACACGUUCUUUAAUGAGGAGGUGCUGCUGCCCGAGCUGGACGUGGGUGACUGGCUCAUCUUCCCCUCCAUGGGCGCCUACAGUUCAGUCAUGAGCUCCACCUUCAAUGGCUUCCCGCCUGCGUCCAUCUGCUACAUCAUGGGACCUGAGCUCAGGAGCCUGCUGGAGACAGCGCCUUAAGCUGGGACAUGGCAGAAUGGAGGGGUUCCAGACACUUGCUCCUGCAAAUGGCCCUCAUCAUCCACCAGAGUCAGCCCCACCAUCUCACUGCUGCCUCCACACUCAGGUCAGACCAGGGUAUUGUCCAGCCUCCUGUGCCAAAGACAUCUCAGCCCCAGGCAUCUGAGGAGAAAGGAUGGGCUGCAGAUGCCUCCUAAGGACGCCAGAGGGCUCAUGCAGCCUUCAGGUCCUGUGUUACUCAUUCCUCUACUCCCAGAUCCUGAAAUUUGGGCUAGAAACAACCACACUUACCCCCUCAGAGGUGUCUGGAAGAGCAAAUAUGAGUGGGCUUUAGGUAAAAAUAAAGUUACGUUCAUGUGCAAGAGUUGCUGGAGUGUUUUGUGCUUUGGUCUAUAGGUGUUGCCCUGUGGCAUUUUGGAUGUCAACUCAUUUUUCCCAUUCAUUCAUGAAUCCAUUCAUCCAUCAAUUUAUGAUUCAUCAGUCUUUCCAUCCUUU